GUGACAGUGGAUAAGUGGGAGCCUUUGCUGAACAACUUGGGACAUGUCUGCAGAAAACUCAAGAAAUAUGAAGAAGCCCUGGAAUAUCAUCGCCAGGCUCUGGUGUUAAUCCCUCAGAAUGCUUCUACCUACUCUGCCAUUGGCUACAUCCACAGCCUCAUGGGCAACUUUGAAAGUGCAAUCGACUACUUUCACACGGCCCUUGGUCUCAGGAGGGAUGACACAUUCUCGGUCACAAUGCUUGGACAUUGCAUAGAGAUGUACAUUGGUGAUUCUGAAGCCUAUAUUGGAACAGAGAUCAAAGACAAGUUAAGAUGUUACGACUUCGACGUGCACACGGUGAAGACAUUGAAGAACAUCAUUUCACCUCCCUGGGAUUUCAGAGAAUUCGACAUCGAAAGACAAACUCUGGAUGAAAGUGGCAUAGUACCAUUAGAGACAUCCAAUCAGAGGAAAAGCACAGACACCAGUCGCCCUCUGGAAGAAACAUUUGAGAUUGAGAUGAAUGAAAGUGAUAUGAUGUUAGAAACGUCCAUGUCAGACCACAGUACAUGACCAUAAAUGCUGGUAGAGAGCUCAUUUUGGCUAAGUCUAGUAUGUUUGGUUUAGCAUUUCUGUCAUGGUGUUUGACUUCCAAGAAUUGGCUAUUUUUUAUAAGGAUCCCAACUGCUAUGUACUUACCACUGGGAGUUUUAUAGUUCCUACUUCAUAAAUAUUCCU